GGCCGUUACGUGACUGAUGGGGCCGAGCUCAACACCUUGCUGCUGCACGUUGGCGACCUCUGAUUGUUCCUUUUUGGUGUCUUUGGUGGCGGAGACCGUAUCCCAUAUUCCAAUCCGCAGUUCUGACAGUGAUGGCACGGAAGGGUAUUCAGAAAGUCAAGACAGGGUGUACCACUUGCAAAAUCCGCAAGGUCAAAUGUGAUGAACGACGUCCACAGUGCUUGCGCUGCUCAAGUACGGGCCGCAAGUGCGACGGUUACGUCCCACCGCCUCUUGGCACAUACUCCUGGUCGCAUUUGAUACAACCAAGCUUGGAUGCCAUACAAACAACAACAAGUGCCGAGUCACAUAUCCUGUCCUAUUUCCGACAGGUGGUUGCCCCUUCCCUUGCCGGUCCGCUGGAUACUUAUUUGUGGGCCAACAUCGUCGUUCAGGUGUCUUCCCGAGAAGCAGCGGCGAAGCACGCCGUGCUAGCAAUCAGUUCCUUGUACCAAUCCUUCCACAAAGAUUGGGCAGGAUUUCCUCACGUAACGCAGGAGGAAGCCUUUGUUAUGCGGCACUAUAACGAGGCUAUCAUACACUUACGAGCAGCCAGCGAUCAGCAUACAAUUCUGGUGGUGUGUAUGCUGUUCGUCUGCAUUGAGUUUAUGCGCGGAGAUCAUAAGCGUGCCAUUGACCACUGUCGACAUGGGAUACACAUGCUCAACCGCGCGCCCACCGAAACAGAAUUUGUACGAGAAUAUAUGAGACCAUUAUUCUGUCGUUUGAGCGUCUUCCCCUACUUCUUUGGCGCUAGUCCCGACACGUUUCCUUCUCUGGAAUACCCGUCGAUGGAUGCAAAGACGUCCUUCAGCACUCUUGCAGAUGCACACAUGGCGUUGAAUCCAUUAAUUGCACGGACUGUUCGGUUUGUGCGCUCUGCAGACACAUACCGCCUGGGUUUGCUACCGUUACCAACACAAAACUUCGGCAUUAUGAAGGACCGGCAAGUCAUCGAUUCGUCUCUAGACAGCUGGUUUGUGGCAUUUCAUUUCUACAAGACACACAAAGCCUCAACACUGCGCGAUAACAAAUUUAUGCGCAUGCUGGAGAUUCGCUGGCUCACCUGCAAAAUUUGGCUGGACACGUGCUUUUCGAAGGAAGAGUCAAUAUACGACACGCAUUUGGACAAAUUCCGCACUAUUGUAGACCUUGCAAAUGACGCCACAGUUCUCAUAGACGCAGCCAACAAGCACCGACAACCCAGAGUCGCAUUUGAAAUAGGAUUCGGCCCGUUUCUGGCGUUUGUUGUAAUCAAGUGCCGGUGCUUAAAGCUUCGGAUCACUGCUCUGACAUUGAUGAAGGAAAUUUCACCACCGAGGGAGCAUUGCUGGGACACGUCUGUCUUGUUUGCGUUGGGGCAACGCACGAUUGAGAUUGAACAUGAUCUGAAACUGGACUUGCAUAUGCAACUGGACAAAAUCCAGCAUGAUGUGAGCUUGCCUCCAGAAGAAAAACGUAUCAGAGACUCAAUCAUGCACCUGGAGUCUGGACCAUUGUCUGGCGUGGAGGGUAUCGAUAUGGAGCGCCAAAUGAUCUGCUUCUUAAUGAAAGACCCUAGCGGUGAUGGUAUCGUGAACAGGGAUGAGCCGCUCACGGCUAGUUGACCCCGACUAACAAAUAAAGGAAAGAAAAUAAUUUGAAAG